ACGAAAAGAGAGUACAGAAGAAAAUUUGUUUCACUUUUUCAACAGAAAUACAAGAUGUAAAACGGGCGCAUCAACGGCCCAAAUUAGUGAAAACUCAUUCGGGAAACAAAAUGCAAGCGACGGAUAGUAAUAAUUAAUUAAAGCGCCAACAAAGCAUCACAAAGAUGAACGUAAUGCGGAAGCUGCGUGGAGCAGCUACUGCAGGCAGCUCAAGUAGCAGCAGCGGCGGCUCAUCGACGGCCAACAACACCUCUCCCGUGGGCAACAGGUCAGCUGAUUUGGGCUCCACACCUGCCACAAACGGACGAACAAGCGAGGAGGCCCUGAUGGAUGCCCGCGUCCAAGUGAGCCUCAGCACACUGAAGAAGCUCUUCAAUGAGUACACUCAUCCAAGAGAACCGCUGAGUGAGCAGGAGCGCGACGGUAAGCUCUACGAGAUGCUGCCCCUCUUUUGCAAAGUCUUCACAAGCUCUGCGGCUAACGACAUGAGUGAAAAGUUCUGGGAUGUGGUCGCUUUUUGCCAGCAAGUUUCCCGUCUCAUGGUCAGCGAAAUCCGCAAGCGCGCCUCCAACCAGAGUACGGAGGCGGCGUCUAUUGCCAUUGUCAAGUUUCUUGAGGUCGAAACCACAGAGGAAACCAGCAGCGGGUGGAUGCUUCUCGCAACCCUUAACCUACUGGCCAAUGGAGACGUAUCUCUCAUACAGGUUAUGACCGCCGCAGCGGUACCAUCUACCCUUGUGAAGUGCUUGUAUUUGUUCUUCGAUUUGCCAAUAGUUGAGGACGACGAACCAUCAGCAGAUGGAGGGGCAGUGAGUGAGUUUAAUGCCCACGAGAGGCGAACUCUCUUGCAGAAGGUGUUUGUGCAGCUGCUGGUGAAGCUGUGCUCGUACCCUUAUCCCGCCGAGGAACUUGCCCGCAUGGACGACUUAACACUGCUGUUUUCGGCCAUCACUUCGCCGUGUCCUAUCCACAACAUUGUGUGGCGUAAAAAUGCUGCUGAAAUCCUUACCACAAUAUCCAGGAACGGUCUGACCGAUGCCGUGGUUAGCUAUAUACAUUCCAAGGGCUGCAUGGCGCUGUGCGUGGACAAUAUGCAGCGCCUGACAUUUGGGAAUCCUUUGGAAAUCGUCGAAAUGUUCGUUACCGUGUUCUGCUUUCUCAAGGACUCCAGUCAGGUAUCCCAGAUUUUAAUGGAUGAUUUUCGCGCCUCCCAGGGAUACGUGUUUCUCAGCGAUUUCCUGCUAAAGUUUGACAAUAACCGUAGCCAAUCGCUGGAAAUACAAGCGGCGAUUCGUAACCUUGUGCUAAUGAUCUCUUCGUUGUGCAUGUGCGGCUUCUACGAACUUCGACCUCCAGCUUCGCAGUUCAACACUGCCUUUAAGCUGCAGAAUUUCCAGCUGCCGCAGGCCACCUCCCGAGAGACGUGUGUUCGGAAUGUCUACGCCUUUCAGGUGCUACAGAAUGUUUUUCUCAAGUCUACGACGCCUGCACUCUGUUGCACUAUUCUGGACGCAAUUUCUCGGGUGUAUCACUCAGAAAACGCCAAUUACUUCAUCUUAGAGUCGGAGCAAACGCUCAGUUCGUUCGCGGAGCGCAUCCAUCUGAAAAGCCCGCAAAUUCAAGAAAAAUUCUACGACUUGCUAGAGUUUAUUGUCUUCCAGUUGAACUUUGUUCCGUGUAAGGAGUUGAUCAGCCUUUCGAUUCUACUAAAGCACAACCAGUCGACGCCCUGCAGCAUCCUUUGCCUAAAGACAUUGCUAAACAUUCUACGGCACAACGCUGUCUUUAAGGACGUUUACCGCGAAGUGGGUAUACUGGAGAUCUUCGUUGGUUGCCUGACGCGAUAUUCAGCUCAUGUGAUGCAAAUUACCAAAGGCGACGAGUCAUUGGUGGUGGACUUAGAGGGUGACGCGGGGGAAGACCUGCUUGAUACGCUCGGAAAAUAUGUCCUGGAGGCGCUCACAAUGCUGCUGGGCGGCGGAGCCAGCAACAAUGCCCAACUUUUCCGUGAGUACAACGGAGCCAAAUGCGUCCAUGAGCUGGUAAAGUUCAAGCACUGUCGGCCUCAGGCACUCGGAAUCGUUAGAGAGCUAAUUCUGUCCGCCGGUGGAGACGACGACAUGCUGCACAUACUGUCACUGAUGCACAGCGUGAGCCCACUACAGGUGGAGUUCAAAAUCCAGAUACUAAACAUGUUGCUCGGAUGCCUAAAAGACUCCCAUCGCACACGCACCGUCUUCCGUAAAGUGGGCGGAUUUGUUUACGUCACCAGCGUAUUCGUAUCUCUCGACGGCAGUAUGGCCCAUCCUCAUCCGGACAUUCCACAACAGGAUCUCAUUUUGCUACUGCAAAUAGUCUUUCAGACUCUUGCCACCGCCAUGAGAUUUGAGCCGGCCAACGCCAAGUUCUUUCAUCAGGAAAUUAGCAGCAGCUCUUUGUGCGAUACUCUUCGUCUGCUCGGAUGCUUUGGGGGAUCCUCUGCUUUAGAGGACUUCACCGGUAUCUAUGAGCCGCAGCAGUCACUGCUCAAGUAUUACCAUGAGAUUUUCAGCGGAGACAUUCUGACUGUCAGCUUCUCUGACGACGUUCCCUAUCCGUUGUCCUAUGUGUGCAUCGUAUUUCGCCUGCUCUACAGUAUUGCGUUGGACAAUUUUGAGUCUCCGAACCUCAGUGGCAUCAUAACACUCGUCAGCGAUCCUCCAGCGCUUCUGAGAUCACCAAGCAAGGAGCUGGCGGCUCCCGUGCACCCCAACCAGCUGAAUCUCACGCAACCCAGUCCCGAGCCAAGGAUAGUGCACCCAGGUGUGGUACUCUGCAUGCUUCAGCUUCUACCCGCUGUAGAGUACGAAUCAGCUCCGGUGCAAGCAGUUCAACUGCAGGUAUACCUCAGCGAAAUCAUCAAAUCGUUGGUAAGGAGCGAGCGCAACCAGCAAAUUAUGUGCGACCACGGACUGGCGGAAAAGCUGCUCAAACUUACGCGGAAAGCGCUAGCUGAGGAAGCGCACCCGUUGCACGUGCCCAUGCAGUACAUUCUGGAACGUCUUGCUGCUCAAGCGCUGCAACCCACAGAGCUGCGUCAGUUUCUACGCUUGGGCGAACCGCUUUCAUGUGCGGAUAUAGAUCUUCAGCAGCCAUACAAGCUAGGCGGACCCGUUCCGCUGACUCGAAUCAAGACUCUGGUAUCCAUGACAACGCCGCGCGACUUCCGUGCUCACGGAUCGAGCACGCUACCUCCGUUCGUCGAGCUGGACAUGUCCGCCGAGGGUUUCGGUUGCUUGUACUUGCCCUCACUGGCGCCUCAAGCGACGGCCACAGCAGGUGGGACCAUCGAUGCGAAUACCAUUGGGGGCAUUGGAGCCGGCGAUCGCAUCUUUCCACCCCAGACCGGUCUGACAUACUCCACAUGGUUCUGUGUAGAAAAGUUUUCUGAUCCAAAAACGGAUCCACACUGCGUUCGCCUCCUUACAUUGGUGAGGACCAUUCACAACCCACGCGAAGAAAAUCUAGCAUGUCUAUCCAUUUUGCUCUCGGCGCGAGACAAGGCGAUCGUCGUCUCCACUCAAGAGACUUUAGUGACGCCCAGGAAAAGUAUUGGUGACUGGGAACCAGAAGGAUCAGAUGACGGCAUAGCUCGCAUUUGGUGUCCUGAUCUUUUGCACGAGGGCCAAUGGCAUAACCUGGUCGUUGUGCUUAACAGAGCCGUGCUGAAGAACUCUAGUUUAUUCCUCUAUUUAGACGGGGUGCCCAUGCAUACCCAAAAGCUUCACUACAUCGCCCAGCACCCGGCAGCUGGUAACGCCAGUUUGACGUCAGCGACACAGAUUUUCGGAUAUAUCGGUACACCGCCUAUAUGGCGACGUUACUCGCGACUAUGCUGGAAGCAAGGUGUGUGCCAUCUGAUUGAAGAUGUGCUUACUCAGCAGACAGUGCAGACCAUCUACCAACUAGGACCUCACUACAUGGGCUCGCUGCAAGCGCCACAGCUUGGCAAGCAGUCCGAGUCGUUGGCCCCUUUGGUACCAGAGGAUCGCGUCCUCCUUGGUCUUAACGCUAAAGCUGUUUCCAAGCUUACGCUGGUUAAAAUCCGCAAAGUGUACAGUAGGGCCGAUAACAAGAGCAUCGCAAAGCAACUGAAUAUGAACUCGCAUGAAAAUGCCACGCCCAUCAAAAUUCUACACAACUCCGCUGGACACCUCGCAGGGGCCGGUCGCUCCCUUGGCGGUGUGGUCGUUGGUUAUCUUGGAGUUAGAGUAUUUAGUCCACAUCCCGUCUCUGCUAUGAUUGACACAGUAGGCGGCUGCAACGUGCUGCUCGGCAUCAUCGCCAUGGCUCAAGACGUAGAGUCCUUAUAUGCAGGAGUCAAAGCUUUGACCUGCGUAGUUCGAAGCAAUCGUGCCGCCCAAGCAGAAAUGGACAGAAAACGCUGCUACCAGACGCUAGGCAUGUUCUUUAAGAAGAAGAAGCAUCUGCUUAAUUCGCACAUUCUGCACCUAACCUUUGGCCUAGUGGGUACGGUGAACAGCGGACAAGACAUGUCAGCCAUUCCAAACGUGACCGCUUUCCAGGACCUUUUAUGUGACCUAGAGAUCUGGCAUAACGCACCGAACGGACUUCUACGGUCCCUUCUAGAGCAUCUGCUGGAGCUGGUGGUGGAGUCCAGCGAUAAAAAGCAGAAUGUAAAGAUCAUGAGGGACCUGCAGCUUUUGGUAAAGCUUCUGCACAUCAUAACUCAAAUCCAAGACCACUCGACCCGAGAGAUUCUCUUCAGUUUGCUGGAGACUUUACUAGGCGGACAGCCAAGGCACACCGAUCUGCUGCUUUUCGGUCAGUAUGUAGCGGCAAAACUACCGCAGGCUAGUCUUGGUGUCUUGGAACGCGCCGUGCUUCUACCCAGUAUGAAGAACCCUGUCGAGGACCAGGAUGGGGGAGUGGCCCAGAAUAUCUACUUGCGCAAUCGAUGCCUUUCCCUGCUCCACGGGCUUCUAUUCACGCCCCGUAACACUGUAAACUACGUAAUCUGCGACGACAUUUCCAAAACCUUGGGCAUGGAUUGGCUUCUACUCUUCAUGCAACCGCACGUCCACUUUACUACUGUCAUCAUUGCAGUGCGCAUUCUAGUCGUGGUAUGCGCCAACGAGAGUUUUCUUGUGCGUUUUCGGGAUGCCACACACAAUGGAGGUUACCUUCGAUUCACAGAGAUGGUGUCACAGCGAAAAUUGCUUGGCCUUGGUGCUCAACAGCUUAACCAGCGUCCGACGAAUGGCACUGGCACAGUCAUUGUAGCCACCCCACAGAACACCAUACAGCAUCUGCCGACACAGAUCGCAGGCGAGGUACGAGCUGCGGCUUUAAAUAUACCGGGUUUCCAGCUUCUUGAAUGGCUCAUGAACCAUCACCUGGACGUACCAGAGCUGUACUUCUUAAUUACCGCCCUGAUUAUGGGACAGCCUGUAAAGGUGCUGGCUACUGAGCACACCAAGUUUGACCUUGAUCGCGUCUGGUCGUUUCUAUGGGGUGCUCCUGUCUCUGCCAACACGCAGCUGCCUAAACUCAAUGUUUGUCCUGAGGGAGUUUGCGUACUCCUGGCUAUGGUGCGGGGAAUCGUCCAUGGCGGAGAAUGCGCUCCGUGGCUACACAGUCACCCGGAGACUAUUAUUCAGCUUCUUUUUAGUCUUUACCAAAACCUCAGCGAUUUUGCACCAGUGAUGAUGGCUGGAGAUGUUAUCACCUCGCUAGUGGCCGUGCUUUUUCCAUUUGCAACUCGACCUGUAGACUCCGAGCCAAACAGUGGAACAACCACCCCCACAGACGACACUGGAAGUAGCUUUGUUUUGCCUCCAGCAGAGGUCCUGCACAGCGCACCGCCUCCAAAGCUAACCACUCAUCCGGUGUGCAUUUGCAUUAUCGACUUCUUGCGCGUUAUAGUCGUCGAUUCUCUCGGUCUAAAUAUGCAAGGAAAGCUUACGCCGGUAAUCGAUCUCGUGCUGGACGCAUCACCGGACUCGGCAGAGCUACUUCUGCAGGUCCAGUACCAGACACAGAUCAUCAUCGCCCUAAUGGAUCACCUGCUGGCCGCCGACGUACUUGUAGGCGAACAGGCAGCACUGCCCCUGGUGCCUCUAUUACAAAGCCAAAUGCAGUACAUCGCCCCCAACGUCUUUUACUUAACUGCUCGCAUCGUGGACAAGCUGUGGCAGGGCUGUCUUGCCCGCAAUCCUCACGACAUUUUCGACUUUGUAAUUAAACUAAUCGUGCAGGCCAAGCGGCGGUCGUCGUCCUUAUCCCUAGAGCACCUGCACCACUCGCUGAAUCGCAGCAUUCUUUUCCUGCUUUCCCGCCCGACCGACGACUCUCGGGCUGACCAGAUGAGUGUGCUAGAGGCACUUCACAAGAUCAUACAGCACCGUCUGCUUAUUUUCGGAGCGGGCAACCACGAGUUAGAGUUCAUUGGGUGCCUUACUUACUGCUUGCUACAAUUGACUGCAGACAUGAAAAUUAUACUGGAGCCGGCCACCAGUCGAAACACCACCUGGCACGUUAAUCCCCAGACGGAAACGGCAGAGCCCAAAGACGAAGAUCUUAAUCAGCUACAGGGUCGAAACCUGAUUGUAGGCGCUGCCUUUCGCGUGUGGGAGGAGCUGUACGUUUGCAAGAAGCCUGCCAUUGAAGAGGUUUUUAAAGUCUCCCUCACAUCCCCACCGCCCAAUUCCAAAGCACCUGAUCUGCAGACGACACGUGAACAGGUAAUGGAUCUGGCCUCUAAACUAUGGUUUAACUAUGUGGAGGCAGAGCGCAAGGCAACUUAUCGCGCGCCCUGGGAACUGCACACCCAGAUUCAGUCAAAAAUCCAAAAGGUUACUGGUGGGCUGUCGCGUUUGACCAGUCGAACUAAAACCAAAAAGGAGGAACUGGUUCGAACCAAGUCGACUUUGACUCGAGAGGUCGCUUAUGAAUCAACUAGCAUUCACGUACAGCUUAUAAAAGAUCUUCUGGACUUGCGCGCCAAGCAGUAUCAGCAGAUGCUGCAGCAUACUCAGCGUUACGUCUAUCAAGACUGGGUUCAGUCAGAGAUGGAGCUUACUCGUGAGCGGGGGCUGUGGGGUCCUACUGGCAGCUGCUCACUGGAUAAGUGGAUAUUAGAUACCACCGAGGGACCCCACCGUAUGCGCAAGAAGACGAUGCGCAAUGAUGUCUUUUACCUGCACUAUCCGUACCGCCCGGAGUUGGAGCUUGCAGACAACCGACAACUGAAGUACAAAGUAGCCUCCAGUCUGGAUAGUAAGACGUACGCACUGCAUGGCCCGCAGCAGCCUCGCAUCCUGGCAGAGGCUGCGGAACACCAUGCGAUGCAGCAGCAGAGUUCGCUGGAAGCAGUACACUCACAUCGAUUGGAGAGCAGUACUUCAACAUCAACGCCACCACCUCUUGUUUUACCAAAGCUUGUUGGCCACGGUUCUGCACCUUAUCCACAGGAGUCAGUCGAUGGAAAUGCUCCAGAGGAUGACGAGGAGGAUGAGGAUACUUCGAUGACCAGCGAUAAUGAGACUUUCUUGCGGUUACUGGAAGAGCAGGAGAAGAUCAGCUUUAUGUUCCGGUGUGCGAGGGUCCAGGGACUAGAUACGUUUGAAGGACUUUUAUUGUUUGGCAAGGAGCACUGUUACAUCGUGGAUGGAUUUACGUUGUUAAAGAACCGCGAGAUUCGUGACAUUGACACCCUUCCCCCAGGAGCUUAUGAGCCAAUUAUUCCCAACUCUGGGGGAACCUCUUCGGCUACUUCGCGAGCAGUUAGCCACAAGCUCAGGCAAUGCUCAAAGUUCGCUUACGAGGAAAUUCGUGAGGUCCACAAGCGGCGAUACCUGCUUCAGCCAAUCGCUUUGGAGAUUUUCUCUGAGGAUGGACGCAACUAUCUUCUGAGCUUUCCGCGCAAGGUGCGUAACAAGGUUAACCAGCGCUUUCUGGCUCUGGCCACUGCACUAAACGAUAAUGCGCAGCAGUCUGUAGCAGGUCAGAAGCGCACGGCCAGCGUGGAGCAAACAGCUGGCAUAUUUAGCGGCCUGAUCGGCGAAACCUCGGUAACUCAGCGCUGGGUGCGUGGCGAGAUCUCAAACUUCCAGUACCUUAUGCACCUGAACACGCUGGCUGGGCGGAGCUAUAACGACUUAAUGCAGUAUCCAGUUUUUCCCUGGAUUCUGGCCGACUAUGACUCCGAGGAACUGGAUCUGACCAACCCAAAGACCUUCCGGGACUUUUCGCGGCCAAUGGGUGCCCAAGCCGAAGAACGCCUAGAGCAGUUCCAGAAGCGCUUUAAAGAGUGGGACGAUCCGCACGGCGAAACGCCGCCAUAUCAUUACGGCACCCAUUAUAGUUCCGCCAUGAUUGUGUGCUCUUAUCUGGUGCGGCUUGAGCCCUUUUCGCAGCCAUUUCUCAAAUUACAGGGCGGGCACUUCGACCUUGCGGACCGCAUGUUUCACAGCAUUAAGGAGGCCUGGCUGUCUGCUUCUAAGCUGAACAUGGCCGACGUCAAGGAACUCAUUCCUGAAUUCUUCUACCUGCCCGAGUUCCUCAGCAACUUCAACAGCUUUGAUCUGGGUACAAAGCAGAAUGGGGAGACCCUCAAUCACGUUAUCCUGCCGCCGUGGGCCAAGCACGAUCCGAGAGAGUUCAUCCGACUCCACAGAAGCGCCUUGGAGUGCGACUAUGUUAGCCAGAACCUACAUUUGUGGAUUGACUUAAUCUUUGGCUGCAAGCAACAGGGACCCGCCGCAAUUGAUGCCGUCAAUGUGUUUCACCACCUGUUCUACGAGGGAAACGUGGAUAUAUACAACAUUGACGAUCCACUUAAAAAAAAUGCCACCAUUGGCUUUAUAAACAACUUUGGCCAGAUUCCAAAGCAGCUAUUCAAAAAGGCGCAUCCUGCUAAAAAGAUGGGCAGUUCCCGUCACUCUGCUCUAAUCGACCCAACUUCUCUAAUUCAGGGCAAUAGCACAGUGCUGCAAACCGACCGGCUUUUUUUUCACAACUUGGACAACCUGAAGCCCAGCCUGCAGCCCAUCAAGGAGCUAAAAGGUCCAGUCGGUCAAAUCUUACAGCCUGACAAGACGGUGUUUGCGGUUGAGCAGAACAAAGUUAUGAUGCCGCCUUCGUACACGAAGUAUAUAGCCUGGGGCUUUGCCGAUCACUCUCUCCGCGUGGGACUCUACGACACGGAUCGGGCAUCCUUUGUGUCUGAGGCAUCUGCCCAGAACUCGGGGGAGAUCUUGGCAUGCGCCUGCCCAAAUGCCAAAAUGAUUGUCACAGCGGGCACUAGCUCCGUAGUGACAAUUUGGAAGUUCGACGCAAAUCGAAAAAGCCUUGCCGUAAAGCACUCGUUGCAUGGACACACCGAUGCUGUUACUUGUCUAGCUGCAAGUUCAGCGUACAAUGUCAUAGUUUCCGGAUCGCGGGAUGGUACGGCCAUAGUCUGGGAUAUGACGCGGUUCACUUUUGUGCGCCAACUGCGAGGCCAUGCUGGUGUGGUGGCUGCUGUGGCCAUUAAUGAGCUGACCGGCGAUAUUGCCACAUGCUCGGCCACCUGGCUCCACGUGUGGUCCAUCAAUGGCGAUGCCUUGGCUAUGGUCAACACUUGUGUGGGCAGUGCGGACCGCAUGCAGCAGAUCUUAUGUGUGGCGUUCUCGCAGAUCCGUGAAUGGGAUCAGCAGAAUGUAGUCAUUACUGGCUCGACCGAUGGUGUUGUGAGGAUGUGGUCCCUAGAGCACAUACAGGUACCUAUAGAUCGCAAAUUGAGGCGAGGAAUGGAGGUGUCUUCGCAGGACAAGCCCGACUCUGCCUCUAUCGACGGCAAGGACAAUAAGGAAGACAAAAUGAACCUGAUUACGAAAAUAAAAAACCUUUCCGAGUCAGAAGAAGAGUUAGAAAUUGUCAAAUCCGCCUCCGAAAGUAGCAUUUCAGAGGCCUCGCAGCACAGCCAUGAGUCGAGUAAGUCAGCUGAAACAGGUGUCAAGGCAGGGCCGCUGGGUGAGCAUAGAAAAAGCUCCAUUCCGGGAGCAAAGUCCUUGCAUGAAAUGAAAUCCACCACUGCAGAAGCUCAGGGAAGCAGCUAUAAUUCUAAAUCCAAUGAUGAUGAGCACUCUAUAAGGCCGAGCAAAUCAGAUACCAGCCUUACUGACGGCUUCGUUGUUAUAGACAAUGACCGGCAUAAAGGUGAUCAGAUUCUAAGAAAAGGCUUCCGAUGGCAACGCCAAUUGAUGUUCCGCUCGAAGCUAACCAUGCAUACGGCCUAUGAUCGCAAAGAUAAUGCUGAACCAGCUAGCAUCACAGCGUUAACGGUAUCCAAAGAUCACAAAAUAUUAUAUGUCGGUGAUGCACGAGGUCGUAUCUUUUCGUGGAGCGUAACGGAACAGCCUGGACGCGGAGUUGCCGAUCAUUGGCUGAAAGACGAAGGAGCCGAUCAAUGUGUCAAAUGCCACGUCAAAUUUACACUUUAUGAGAGAAAACACCAUUGUCGCAAUUGUGGCCAAGUGUUCUGCAAUAAGUGCAGUCGCUUCGAGUCGGAAAUAUCUCGUCUGCGAAUCCUGAAGCCAGUAAGGGUAUGCCAGGCGUGCUAUAGUCAACUGAGAACGAGUUCGUUGGACAAUUAGGAAAAUGAAAGACGUGUUUCUGUGUAUAUUCGGAACUGUUGAACGUAGUUAGGUCGAAAGCUUUUAUUUUUAUGGAUUUCUUAGUUUUAUCCAAUUUACUUUAAUCUAACAUAAACCAAAGGCUGUUAUAUGAUUUUAUUCUUAUUUAACAUAGUUCAAUUCGAAUUUUGUAUGUACACAAUGCAAGUUGCAAUAUAAUUUAUAUAUUUAUUUAUAACUAUUUAUUAAACACUGAGUUAAACCAUAAUAAAUGUUGCUUUUACAACGCAA